ACUUUGGUCACGUGACCAAAUAUCUUCAUUGAGUGUGAGUUAAUCGAGCGAUUUGUAUUCUUUUUCUCAGUUUACUUGAGUCCAAUUGCACGUGCACGUUUGAAAUGCUACUUGAAAACUUGCGCCCGUACAGUUUGAAUUUGUUUGGCUUGGAGGUUCGUUUUUUUGGUCUAUUUCGUGGUUAGGAACGGCAGCCAUCUUAGUUGCCCUCAACGGCCAUGGUCUCGCAUCAGGAAGCGUCCGACUUGGUUCUAUGCGUUUACUUCUCUGGGGGUCAAUUCUGUCAGUCCAACUAAAUUUAAACAGCGCAGUGAGGAUUUUACUGUGGCUUCUUAAUAUUCCAUGAUGGACUCUGACAUUUUAAAUAUUGAAGAUAUUGUGAUGGGACGGGGACUGCCAAAUCCAACCCCAGAAGCCCCCCCAGAAAAACCGGCGGAGCCGUUCAAACGGCCCAUCACCCUGAAUGGACCUCUUGCUCCAACUGCUCAACCCUACCAGCAUGAGAAUCUGCAGUGUUUCCAGUGCUUCAUCACCUUCUGCAAUGCCAAAGCCAAGGAAAGACACAUGAAGAAGAGCCACCGAGAAGAGUACAAGCAACAACUUCAACAGGGCAACACGCUGUUUACAUGCUACGUGUGUGACCGCACGUUUUUAUCAUCCGAGGAGCUGACACUGCACCAGCCCACACACAGCAAGGAUGAUAAGCCCUUCAAAUGUGGCCACUGCAAGGAGAGCUUCAGAACAUUCACUGAACUCACAACACACAGAAGGCACAUAUGUCCAGAGAAGCAGUUGCCGUGUAAAGAUUGCAACGAAACCUUCCGGAGUGCUGCGAUGCUGCGUACGCAUCGUCUGGCGCAUCACCCUCGCCCCGAUGUUGAAACAGCCGAGCAUCCGGAGGAGCCCGCAAAAAGUCAUCAUUGCAAGAAGUGCGGCCAGGGCUUUAACAGUGAGUCUGAGCUGAAUGAACACGAGCAGAAGUAUCCCGAAGGCCAGCAGUGCAACGGCAGCGCUCCGCCAACCAAGAAGCGUGGACGCCAAAUCAAGAUUGAGGAGGUGGCAAGCACUGAGAAAAGGGGAAAGCGAAAGAAGAAAGAUGAGGCGGUGGUCUGUGAGGAGGGGCAGGCGGCAAAUGCAGAUGACACUCCCGAAACACCGGCAGCCCCUGCAGAGGAGAAACCAAAAGCAGGUGGAGCAAAACGAGGGCGCCCUCCUAAAGCAGCAGUAGCUGUAAAAUCUGAAGCAGAAGAAAAAAAAGGUGCUGCAGCUGAUGGCGAUGAAGCAACAAAGGAAACCAAAGUUAAAGUGGAAGCUGUGACGCCCAAGCAGCACGCAUGUCCCGAAUGUGACCUCUCCUUUCCUAGCUCCCUUCAGCUGCGCACUCACAAGAAAGAGAAGCACACCGUCCGGAAAGCCCACCCGUGUGGCGAUUGUGAGGAGAGCUUUGCCCGGCCCGAGCAGCUGGAGGCACACAUGUCACGCGCACAUGCCAUUGGCCGCUUUGCCUGCCCCACCUGCGGCAAGAGUUUUGGCCGCGAGCGCACUCUAAAGGCUCACCAGAAGAGCCACCCCGAACAGCAGUCAGAAUCCCCCAAAAGAUAAUCGUGACUGGCAGUUCGAGAAAGCGACGAGACGCGUCCUCUUGUUUUAGGAUCCUAAUUCAUCAGCUGAUGACGUUUUCACAAAUGGCAUUGUAAGAGGUUUGGAUUUCAAGCUGAAUCUUACAUGGGACAUCUCAUUGACUAGCUAAAUGUUUCCAUACUGUUAACAAAAUAAUAGUUGUUUUGUAAAAACAUAGACUGUUCUGAUUCACUUAAUUGUUUUCUUCUUUUUUUGUGGUGUGAAUUUUAACGUUUUUUGUUAACAAAAAUAAUUUGAAGUGCAUAUUUUGUCAGCUCUUAGAUGCCAUGUUUUAAAUGUAUGUCAAAAAUAAUGUACAGCCUCUGGUUCAUAUGUAUUUUUUUUCUCCACCUAAUGUUUUGAUCAUGGCUCUAUCUAAAUUAACAUGCCUACAUUUUUUUAACAGACCACAAAGUUUUGUUUUGAGUGGUGUAGAUUCAGCGUGGACAAUUAAUCCACUAUAAUCAUGAUUUCUAAUGACUGCUCUUUUUCUUUUUCACUGAGGUGAAUUUCUAUGUCAUAGACAUUUCGGGAAUGAAACGUAUGGCUCUAUCAUGCAUACAGAGUCCAACAGUAAAUAAUGUAUAUUAAGUGUCUUUUCUCUGGAUUGUUUCUUUCCUACUGCUGUGUUUGGACAGUACAAAUACAAAAUAAAACAGGCUCUAGUCCA